GAGAUUAUACGGCAGAGAUGAUAACGAUUAACAUCAUGGACAACACAAUAUGCAGUUAUACGACCGCAGCAGUCUGUCAUGGAACAAGCCCCCGAUGAGCCCCGUACCGCUACAAUGGCAGAGAUCCAUCCAUGGAGCUCGUCAAGAACGAGAGAGCAGCCAGCUUCCGAGUCGGCUUGCGGUGGUGGACAGCGGAUGGUAUCAUUACAGGUAUCGAAGGGCAUAGCGGGACACGGGGGGGGCGGCUCGAGACGAGACGGUGAUGAGGCUGAAGGAGUAUGAUGCGGACGGUUGGAUGUAUGGGAUAUGUUGGGUAUCCUGUUGGGCGAAUGCUUCGGCACAGAGGUAGGACAUGCGGGUCCUGUCGAGGCGGUGGGACAGGCCAGAGCUAUGUAGCGAAGGCAAAAGGCGGCGCGCUUCGUCGAAGGAAACUGAGGUCGAUCUCGAUUUUGCGAGAUUAUUCUGACAAC